UUUUAAAUAACAAGUUUAAAAGUAAACAAUGAGAAGUUGUAAAUUAACAAAUUUUCGAUUUUAUUUAAGUGCUUUUGCUGUUUGAAAGCGGGGAAGCAAUCAAAAUUGGAAACGAAAGUCGUCUUUAUUGUAUUGAUAUAUACGACGAUGACAGUAACUCAGGAAUAGUACUUUAAAAGUUAAAAUAAAUCUAUCUUAGACCAUUGGAUAAUAGUUGUUAUUUUUAUCUAUCUCCGGCUUACGUAAAAUUUAAGGACUUUCCUUCUGAUGCUAUAAAUUAGUUUUAUCUCUAAAGAUAACUAAAUGACGCCUUGUUUAAUAGAGGACGUAAUCACGUGAUCAAACAAUUCUAAGUUUUACGACACUGAUUUAACUGUUCAGUCCUUGACCUAUCAACUUUUCACUUUUGAUCAAAAUUUGACAAUUUAAACAUAAAUUUUUCUUCUUUUCUUUUAUACUUUUUUUAGCGUAGCCAUUUUUAGAUGAAAAGUAUAUAAUUGAAGGCAAUUCUGUAAGUUUAAAGAUUGUUGAAUGAUACGAGAGAUUUUAAUUCAAAUUUAAGAAACCGUACUCAUUUUGGUGAAGCAAACACCCUCCUUUAUGAACACCUCCCUGACAAACACCUGCAGCAUGGACACCUCCUUGACAAACACCUCCAGCAUGGAUACCUCCCUGACAAACACCUCUAGCAUGGACACCUCCCUGAAAAACACCCCCAGUGUGGACACCUCUCUGACAAACACCUCCAGUAUGGAUACCUUCCUGAAAAACACCUCAAGCAUGAACACCUCUCUGAAAAACACCUCCAGCAUGGACAUCUCCAUGAAAAACACCUCCAAAAUGGACACCUCUCUGACAAACACCUCCAGCAUGGACCUCCUCCCAUACAAACACCCUCCAGCAUGGACACCUCCCUGAGAAACACCCUACAGCAUGGACACCUCCCUGACAAACACUUCAGCAUGGACACUUCCCUUACAAGCACCUUUAGCAUGGACAUUGGAAACCUCCCUGAAAAAAACACCUCCAACAUGAACACCUCCUCGACAAACACCCCCAGCAUGGACACCUCUCUGACAAACACCUUCAGCGCGGACUCCUCCCUGAAAAACACAUCCAGCAUGAACACCUGUCUGAAAACACCUUCAGCAUGGACACCUCCCUGACAAACACCUCUAGCAUGGACACUUCUCUGAAAAACAUCUUCAGCAUGGACACCUCCCUGACAAACACCUCUAGCAUGGACACCUCCCUGACAAACACUUUCAGCCCGGACACCUCCCUGACAAACAUCUCCAGCAUAAACACCUACCUGACAAACACCUUCAGCGUGGACAACUUCCUGACAAACUCCUCUAGCAUGGACACCUCGCUGACAAACACCUCCAGAAUGAACACCUCCCUGACAAACACCUUCAGCAUGGACACCUUCCUGACAAAAACUUUCUGAUCUGUUUUUUGUUUUAGACUUGCAUUCCAAAAAUUAAGAAAGGAAGGGGAGGGUAUUAUCAACCCCCCCCCCCCUCCUCGGUAAUGCUUUAAACCGUGUUCGUGUUGAAUUAGAAACAAUUCUCACGAGUUUCAUUCUGACAAUCCUUGUAAAUAUUGACGUAAUUUGUUCAUAUCUCUCAAAUGUCUUGUGUUUCAUAUAAAAUACAGGUUUUCUUUUUUUCCCCAGAUAGAGUCAAACCGAACUCAACUGCAGAGAGACCUUUGGUCAGAAAUGGGACUUUCUAGGAUAAAUAUUGAAGUUUUAAUCUAUGAUGAAAAGAAAUUGUUUACAAUUGACACCAAUACUACAGGAUCAAUGCUAAUGGAUCAAAUUGGUUUAAAGAUAGGAGUCAGCGAGGUUUGGUAUUUUGGUUUACAAUACAUAGAUCUAAAAGGGAGAAUAAACUGGUUGAGACUUGAAAGAAAUGUUGUAGAUCAUCGUAUCCUAGUCCGAAAGAUGCUGAUUCCUUUGCAGUUAAAAAUCAGAUACUUUCCUCAAAACUUUUGCGAAGAGAUUUUUCAGAGACAGACAUUUACUCUUUUCUAUCAUGACAUAAAAAGUAAAAUUUUGGAUGAAUCUCUGUAUUGUACAAUGGACAAGGCAAUUCGUUUAGCCGCGUACGAUAUGCAGAAUAUAUAUGGAAACUUUUAUCCUGAAAUUCAUAAACUAGGAGGAUAUUUACCAAUUUGUCAGAUUCUUCCUGUUACAAUGGCUAAGCUAAGUUUUGAGGAAUUGGAAGAAAAAGUGUAUUUACAGCACGCUGAACACCGAGGAAUGUCACAAAACAGGUGUCGAGUUGAAUAUUUGAAAAUUGCUCAAACUUUGGAAAAUUUUGGAAUUACUAAGUUUCAGGUUUUUCAUAAACAUUCUCAAGUUACCCUAGGGGUUCAUAACCUGGGGAUUAAUAUCAGCUCCCCAGACAACAAGGAAACAUCGCAAUUUAACAUUCCGUGGUCGGACAUUGUUAAGAUAUCCCUAAAUGGGAAAAAAUUCAUCGUGGACCACAUCUUUAUGAAGGUUGUAGUCAAGUGCCAGGGUUGGAAAGAAAGUGAUGAAAUCUACGACUUGGUUGCGGGGAACUAUACAAUGUAUCAACGGAGAGAUAGUCCGCAAUAUAUUGAGGAGAUGGAAUAUUGGAAACUAAAGAGAAUUAGAACUAAUAACCAGCUCAAGGAAAGUGAAGAAGAAAGGGAAGAAGAAAGGGAAGAAGAAAGGGGAGAAGAAUGGGAAGAAGAAUGGGAAGAAGAAAGGGAACAAGAAAGGGAACAAGAAAGGGAAGAAGAAAGGGAAGACAAAAGGGAAGAAGAAAGGGAAGAAGAAAGGGAAGAAGAAUGGGAAGAAGAAUGGGAAGAAGAAAGGGAAGAAGAAUGGGAAGUAGAAUGGAAAGAAGAAAGGGAAGAAGAACAACCAAGCGAGAAUACAAAGAUUACUCUAGUUAAGCAGAAAAUCAAAGAUAUUGAAAAACAUCUGAAUGAAAUCCAAAACACAAAAAAAGAUUUAGUAAAUCAAAAAAAUCUAUUGAUGGAGUAUUUGAAGAAUUCUAAGUAUCUGAAACACAGUCAUAGUCCAGCAAUUGUCAGAGAAUUUUCGGAGAAAAGAAAAAAUAUUGAUAGAGCGGCAAACAAGAUUGUAAAAAGAGUUUGUUUUCAAGACGAAAAAGAACAAAGAAAACAGGAAGAACAAGAGGAAAAUUUAAGACGAAAAUAUGAAAAAUCAAAACUGCGGAGGACGGAGAUGUAUAAAUGUCAUCAACUUGAGAAUGAAAUUGGCAUCUUCUUGAACGAGAAGUUUCAUGAUGAGACAUCACAAGAAACCAGUGAGGAUAAAAUACAAGAGUUGAAAACUCAAGAAAGUCACGUCACACUUAUUGACUGUAUUCAUCAAGAUAAUGUAGAGAAGGAAAAGGAAGCAAAACAUUUGCCGGCAUUAGAAAGGGAAAGGGUUUAUAACGGAAGAAGAAAGUACAUGGAACUGCGAGAAUGCAGGAAGAAGCAAAGCUUAAAAUUUGAAAUAAAUUAA